UGACGUUUGGAUUUUUUAGGGUCGGAACAUCGCUGUUGAUCAACCGUGUGUUCCAAUUCGAGGAUUAUUGAGUCGUUACGCAGCUGACCCUUGAAGGGUUUUUACUAGCCAGCUCGACAUUUCGGCACUGACCUGGAUUUCGCGGGAAAAUUAAUCUCCGGAGACUAUUGCUUCACGGAGAUAACGAUCUGCCAACUGUCGUUGUUGUUCGUGUGCGAUUGGCUGGCGAAGCGGAAGGUGUCAGAAAAUCGGAAAUAGCAGCAGUGGUUUUUCGCUGGGCAGUGGGUGGCCCUGACUACCGGUCACUGUGUACCACGGAACGGUGGAGUAUGUCCACGUAUGGAGUGAUGUGCGGGCGCAAUGUUGUUAUUUUCCCCUGGUGAUGGUUUCAAAUUGGAAGAUGAGAUAAAAUAAAUAUAAUAAAUUGUCAAUUUGAAGAUUCAGACAACACCGGAAGCAAACGGUAAGAAUCGAGUGUGAGUGAUUGCGCUCCGAUUGAAAAGGAAAACGUCCCAAGUGAAAAGUAGGUAGGUCAGAAUACUGGAUGUGCUUUGGGAAAGAUACGUUAUUCAAUUUUGGAGCUUUAUAAUAGCCGUGGGUUUCUGUCGGAUUCGGCUUUCAGACUCAGUGAGCAGGAAAAUGCAGUGAACGAAUAGAAGCAAAAGGCACAAUCUAGUUUUCGAGGAUAUUUUCCACUAGUGCAGCGAGGAGACCCGGUGUCUUGAAGAAUUCUUUCCGGCAAAUAGAAAGGUGCCGCUGACGACGGUCGCUAACAAUACAGUCUACUGAAGCGGAAUAUCAAUUCGGAAGUCGAUUUGCAGCAAAAGAAAAAAAAACACCAAGUCGAAUCAAAAUGCAGUAAAAAGUUAAAUUACAGUAGUCAGUUAUAUUCGGCUGGUGGGAGUAGUUCAAUUGUUGGAUUAAUGCUUUAUUAAGUGAGUGCUGUUUCAUCGUAGUUGGCACAGCUGUUCUGAUUGCUAGUGUCAUUCUGCAUUCUGAUAGAAGUGGUUUUGCCUGUGGUUUCCUGGUUGAGGAAACGCGUCAUUUUAGAUUUUACGCUAUGCCCCUGUUUGACACCAAGCUGUUUCAGAUGUUUCAAGAGAAAAUUGCAGUGUGGUGGAAAAAUUCUACCGUUGACGAAAAUUUGUGAGAAGAAGCAGCUUGUGCAAAAUUGUGCUUACCCGCUAUUAGCAGCAAGCGCAGUAGUGAAGCCGGAAAAUUGCAGCCGAGCGAUCAUCGCUAUCAUCGUCAUCAGCGCCACCAGUGGCAGUGUUUGUUGUGUGUUCAACCCAGUUCUACUGCGUUGAAAAGUGUGCUUCCGAAGAAGCUUAAACGUGCAUCUCUGUGCGUGUGUCUGUGCAUGUAUGUUUGUGUGGGUGUGUGCAGAAACAGUGCACUUGUUUCGCCUUCAAGCAGGCCCUGUCGCUAACGACGGCAAUACAGCACCCAAGCCGGAAGGGAAAACGUACGCUCGGCCGCCCAUCAAACGGUGAUCUGCAUCCGAGAGCGAGAGAAAGAAGGCAGCGUGUUUGCAAAACCAACAUCAGGCCGGAAGCUGCAUCCUGUUAGCUUGGUGUGGAAAAGCUGAAAGCAUCUGUCUGAAUAGCGCUCCAGGAAAUCUCGGCCAGCUCAACCCGCAGCACCGUGAAACUAUAGCAGGAACUGGUUGCUUAUAAUGGUGAAAUCUAUAAUUAUGCAUCGAUUCAACAUACGGCGACAAGUGGUUCCCAUCUAAGGCGACCAUCAUCGGCUUCGAGUUUCCAAUUUUCCACCCUCUGGUGCCAUCGAAGUGCGAAGUGAAGACAGUGCUCGUCAGUGACGAAGACCAAACUACACGAGAACAGCAGGACGAAAGUUUUCAAAUUGAAACCAGCCCCAGUCGGGGUCAACUGUUUUCAAUGGCAAUAAAUUGAUUAGCUUUCAACAAGACGGCUACUUGAUACGAAAUGAAGCAAUUCGCUCAAUGUAGCGGUGGCCUGUGUACGGAAAGGUGUAGCAACGAGAAAUUGCCAUUAUAACCCGUGCAAAAAGUAUAACUUUCAACAGUGUACAAUCGAAAAAAAAGCAAAUCAACAGAAAAAAAAGUAACGAGCAAGCGUUCGAAUAUAAUCGAAGACACAAGGAAAAGCAAUAAACGUGAAAUUUCCGCAAACCGAACGAUAUUUCCUCGAUAGCAGCGCAGAAGAAAAACUUUCUGUGGUAAAACGAAAGAAUGAAAGAAAUUCACACAAAAUCCGGCGAAAACUUUAGUGGUACUACACUAUAAUACUCAUAUGUGUAGGGCUGUGUGUGUGCCAGUAAUUGAAGCUCCAUGUGGUGUGAGUGAGACUGUCCGGCUAGGGUAAGACGGAAGUGUGCUCCAGAUACCAACCCCCCCAGCAUCAUCAUCAUCCACCACCACCACCGUCAUCCACGGUUAUCCGAACUGGCGAAACUAUAUCACAAUUUUUAUGCUGCUGCCAAGGUUCAACACUAGCCCGGUCCAAUGAAUGUGGUUCGACUGUUGCAGAUUAUAAUCGUUACGAAAUUCAUCAAAACUGGUAUCGCCGACAAGAACGACUAUCCGCUCUAUUUCGAAAAGGUCAUCUAUGAGGCGGACAUUGACGAAAAUGUCGAAACCAACCAUAACUUUCUCAACGUCACCGCAAAAACGCACACUGAAGCGCCUGGUAUUCGAUACAAGAUCACAAGCGGUAACAUAGGCGGCGUGUUUACGAUCCACAACACCACAGGGGCUCUGUACGUGGCGAAAGCGCUUGACUACGAGAAAAUCAAAAAGUACGAGCUCCGGUUAACGGCAUCGGACAGCUUCAAGGAGAACUACACGACGGUGCUGAUUAACGUUAAGGACGUAAACGACAAUCCACCUGUAUUUGAGAAAUCAUCAUAUCGCACACAAAUCACCGAGGAAGACGACCGGGGUCUGCCGAAGCGGGUGCUACGGGUUACAGCAUCGGAUGCCGAUGUGGAGCGACCCAACAAUAUAAUCUAUUUUCUCACCGGUCCCGGAAUCGAUGUCGAGAAUCCGUCGGAGAGCAACUUCGACAUCAACAAGGCAACGGGGGAGAUAUUUGUUUUAAAGCCACUCAAUCGUGAUUCGCCCCAUGGGCGGCCAUCGUGGAAGUUCACCGUCUUUGCUCAGGAUGAAGGCGGCGAGGGAUUGGUUGGCUUCACCGAAGUGCAGAUCAAUCUCAAGGAUGUGAACGACAACGCGCCAACAUUUCCACAAGGAAUCUAUUAUGGAAAUGUGACCGAAAAUGGUACCAUUGGCAUGUACGUGAUGACAAUAAAGGCUGAAGAUCAUGACGACAUAAACGAGGGUACGAAUGCAAAAAUUAUUUAUUCGAUUGAAAAGAAUGCAAUCGAAGAGGAGACCGGUCUACCGAUCUUCGAUAUCAACCCGGAUACCGGGGUAAUCAAGACGGCUGUGUGCUGUCUGGAUCGGGAGAAAACUCCCGAUUACUCACUGCAGAUUGUGGCAACCGAUGGAGGAGGUAUGAAGGGUACGGGAACCGCUUCCAUCAAAGUGAAAGAUUUAAACGAUAUGCCACCUCACUUCACCAAAGACGAAUGGUUCGUCGAAGUGGAGGAAACCGAUGGGAACAUACUGCCAGAAGCUCCCAUUUUAACAGUCACGGUCAAUGACGACGAUGAAUUGAACAACUUCCAGUACAAAAUCAUCGAAAGCAGUGGAUAUGGAGCGGACAAGUUCGCAAUGAUCAAAAACAACGACGGAACUGGCAGCUUGAAGGUAAUUCAACCGCUGGACUUCGAAGACCCGAUGCAAGUAAAUGGGUUUCGAUUUCGCAUUCAAGUGCUGGACAACGAAGGUAUCAACGAAACUGACAAGUACCACGUCGACCAUUCGUGGGUUAUCGUCAAACUGAAAGACAUCAACGACAACACACCCCGCUUCAGAAGGCCACAUAUGGAUGCGAGUACCUCCGAGAGCGAUGAAAUCGGCAAAUCGCUGGUUAGUUUCAAAGCCAUCGACAUCGAUAAUGCCGGUAAGAGCAAAAUCACGUACAUGAUCAAUAGGACAACGGACCGGAAGCGUCAGUUCGCAAUAAACGAGGAAGGAACGGUCACAAUCCAACGCGAACUUGAUCGUGAGUCCGUAUCGAAAUAUAGCCUAGAAAUACUAGCAAUUGAUGACGGAGUUCCUCAACGAACAGCAACGGCCACCCUUACCAUCGAGGUCAAGGACGUCAACGACAACGCACCAGUGUUCGCCGAAGAAUACAGACCGAUUCUACCGGAGAAUUCUCCGCCAUCGAAAAUCAUCGAAAUAUCUGCGAUCGAUCAGGAUGAUCGCAAAAUGGGCAACGGAGCACCAUUUCAGUUUCGCCUAGACCCGGAAGCGGACGAUGUAAUACGAACUUCGUUCAAGGUGGAACAGAGCAACAAAGGUAACGGUAUGGCCAUAGUAUCAUCACUGGGAUCUUUUGAUCGUGAGUAUCGAAAGCAGUACGAAAUACCGAUCGUAAUCAAAGAUUCCGGCAACCCACCACAAACCGGAACCAGCACUUUAACGGUGACUAUUGGCGACAUCAAUGAUAACAUCAUGCAGCCGGGAUCGAAGGAGGUGGUAGUCUACAAUUAUCAAGGACAAGCACCGGAUACGCCGAUCGGGCGAGUGUUUGUGAAUGAUCUUGACGAUUGGGAUACCUCCGAUAAGUUGUUCUAUUGGGAUGAAGUGGAAAAUCCAAGAUUUAAACUGGACGACACUUCGGGUAUGGUCACGAUGCGACGUGGUGCCCGAGAAGGUCGAUACAAACUACGAUUUAAAAUUUACGAUCGUAAACAUUCCCAAGAAUCAUUCGCCAAUAUGUCAGUAGUAGUGAAACACAUUUCAUACGAAGCUAUUGUUAACUCCGGAUCGAUUCGACUGAUGGGAAUUACCGAUGAAGAUUUCAUCAGAAUCUGGGACUACCGGACACAGAACAUUUUCCGUAGUAAAUUGGAACGCUUCCGAGAUAAGCUGGCAGAGCUGUUGAAUAUAGACAGAAAGAAUGUGGAUGUGUUUAGCGUUCAAAUGAAGCAAAAAACACCACCACUUGUAGAUGUGAGAUUUUCUGCCCGAAAUGCGUUCUUCUUCAAAGCUGUUCAACUGAAUGGAGUUGUUCUGCUGCACAAAGAGGAAAUAGAGCAGACAGUUGGAAUCAACAUAACAAUGGUAAACAUAGACGAAUGUCUCGCGGAAAAUGCCGACUGCAACGGAUCAUGUACAAGCAUUAUGGAAGUUCAGACCAAUCCUAGUUUGGUCAACGCCAACAAAACGGCCCUGGUUGGUGUACAGAUCAAAUCUACGGCAGAGUGUAUGUGUAGUGCACGGGAGUACAAGCAACAACAGUCUUGCAAGUCACACCCGUGUUUAAACGGAGGUCGUUGUUCGGAUAGCAAGUCCGGAGUUCGCUGUUCAUGUCCACCCGGGUACAGUGGACCUCGCUGUCAGCAAACAGUUCGUAGUUUUCGAGGUAACGGAUGGGCUUGGUAUCCGGCACUGGAUAUGUGCGAUAAAUCGCAUAUUAGUGUAGAAAUCAUAACAACUAAAGCAGACGGGUUAGUUUUUUAUAAUGGCCCCAUAGUCGCUCCGAACGAUGGAGACGAUCAACCACCGACAGAUUUCGUUGCACUGGAAUUAGAGCAAGGAUAUCCGAGAUUUUUAAUAGACUACGGUUCCGGAACCCUAGAGCUAAGAAUACAAACCAAACAACCUCUGAACGACGGCGAUUGGCAUCGAAUCGAUCUGUUCUGGGAUUCAGAACGCGUCAAAAUGGUUGUAGAUUACUGUAAAACUGCAGUAAUAUCGGAAGCCGAUGACGGAAAUCUCGUCGAAUUUGUUGAUCACACAUGUCAAGCUGUCGGUCGUGUUCCGCAGUUCAACGAAUACCUGAACCUGAACACACCGCUUCAAAUUGGUGGAGUCUUUCGCGAAAAAUUUGACUACACCUAUCAGCGCUGGCAACACAUGCCUCUAGCAGCUGGCUUCGAAGGCUGCAUAAGGAACUUCAAGCACAACGGAAUUCUCUAUGACCUGUCGCACCCGGGUCUCUCUAAGAGUACUAUGCCAGGUUGUCUCUACACUCAAGAGGUAUGUGAUCUAAAUCCACAGGUAGCAAAGUGUAUGGAGCACGGCAAAUGCAUCGGUAACUACGACGAAGCCAAGUGCGAGUGCAAUCCGGGCUGGUCUGGAACGUACUGUAGUCUACCGACGACACCUACCACAUUUAAAUCGCAUAGUUAUGUAAAGUAUGCACUCAGCUUUGAACCGGACAAGUUCACCACUCAGAUUCAAUUGCGAUUCCGAACGCGAGAGACUUUCGGUGAACUGUUCCGUAUCAGCGAUCAGCAUAUGCGAGAGUACGGCAUAAUUGAGCUGAAGGAUGCCAAGCUGCUGUUCCGAUACAGUCUAAACUCCGGACAGGUUGAACAGCACGAGGUAUCACUCAGUGCUGUCGAGGUGGACGACGGCCAGUGGCACGUGGUGAAAAUUCAACGAUACGGCUCGGCUGCCAUCCUGGAGCUGGACGGUGGGGAGGGUGCUAACUUCAACCAGAGUUUCUCCUUCGAUGGACAUCAGUGGCUUUCGGUGGACAAGCAGGAAGGUGUUUACGCCGGUGGUAAGCCGGAGUAUACUGGGGUCAAAACAUUUGACGUACAGGCGGACUACCAGAAAAGUUGCAUAGACGAUAUCAGAUUGGACGGCAAAAGUCUUCCUCUACCACCGGCAACCAACGGUACCCAGUGGGGCCAAGCGACGAUGGCGAAGAACAUCGAGCGGUACUGUUCUUCCAACAAUCCGUGUCAGAACGCGUACUGUCCAGAGCCGUUCGAGUGUGUCGACCUCUGGAACAAGUACGAGUGCGCGUGCGGCGACGGGAUGAUCAUCUCGCCCGAAGGAAAAACCUGCAUCGAUCGGAACGAGUGUCUGGACUAUCCUUGUCUGAAUGGCGGAACCUGCAUUAACCAGGAACCCCGAUUCAAGUACAAGUGCAUCUGUCCGGACUCGUACUGGGGCGCGAGUUGUGAAUUCCUGAAGGAACGACAAGCGUUGAAAUUCAGCACAAGUGCCUUGGCUGCCGUAAUAACAUGUCUAUUGUUGAUUAUUAUUUUGCUCUUUCUGUAUUUUUCUUGUUCUCGCCGCCGCUCGGCCAACUUCAACAAGAAACCAGCAACGAAGGACGACAUCCGUGAGAACAUCAUCAACUACUGUGAUGAGGGUGGCGGAGAAAACGACAUGACAGCGUUCGACAUGAAAACCCUGAAAAUCCCGAUAGGACCUCUGCCGGAACUGGUGCAACAUAAAGCACCUCCCGCACGUCCCGAUAUUGCCGUCGUGUCCGACCAGGUCAUCACCAAGGUCGACGUGUUCCUGGACGAUCGGAAACGACGGGCGGACGUCGAUCCCGCCUCCGGACCGUUUGACGACCUCCGGAACUAUGCCUACGAAGGUUGUGGGAGUACGUCUGGCUCGCUAAGUUCCUUACAGUCAGGUACUGACGAUGAACCCCAUGAGUAUAACUUUUUAACGGCAUGGGGUCCCCGGUUCGAUAGGUUAGUUAAUAUAUAUGAACCAAAGUUACAAAUCGAAGACGAUGACGUUAGUUAAAACUAGCUUUUGGUUUGGGCCAUUGGUGUUUUACUACUUCGCAACGUAAGUGUAGUUAAUUUCUUUUUUUAAUUCGAACAGUGUAGAUAUCAGAAGGAAUAUAAGUAUUAAACGAAUAUUAAUGUAAGCGAUUAGAAAGCCUCGAAGAUUGAGGGCGAAAAAGAUGCAAACAUGUUGUAAAUUAAAAAGAAAAUAUUUAAAUAAGAGUUAGAUGAUAAGUAGCUAAUAAGUACAUCAAGAUGAAAAGAAGCAGACGUAGUACAUGUUGUCUUUUUGGUGCUCUGUUUCACGAAACAUGGAAUGCUGGUUGUUUAUUCUGGUAGUGAGAAUUGAUUUACUAAGUUGUUGGAGAGUAGGUUAAAUAGUUUGCAAAUUGUUACAGAACCUGUUUGAUUUUCAUUUUAUUGACGAAACUAAAAUCAAGAGUCGAUUUAAACUAAUUACAUCUAUUGCAAUGCAUUCCGUUGUAAAUGAGCGCAUCUCCGUUAUCCCGCGGAUUUAUUCUUUAACAUGGAAGGGACCUCAUUAUAAGCAGAAAAUAUAUUCAAUUCGCUCCUAAAAUAUAUGUUUUAACUCAACCACGAAAAGAAUUGUACAAAAACCCUAUCGCUAUUAAAAAUCAAGUAUGCAAAUGCCGUGAAGUCCAAUGCGUACACUAAAACAAUACGUUACUCAAAUCGUUGAUGAUUUCCCGGGCGACUCCAUCGCUUCGAACAUUUGAUUGGGAUAGUGACCUCCCUGUGUGGCACACUAGAUGUGUCAUAUUAUUGUUAGAUUUUUUUUCGCCAGCUGGUUUACCGCAUCAAACCGCGGCAAUGCUGCCGAUGAUCUAUUUUUCGGUAAAAUAUUUCCACCAACACUGGCAGAGCAAUCAGACCGGAAACAAAAGGGUUCUUAUUUAUUUUCCAAUCAUAAAACUAUUGAAUAGCAAUCCAUUUAUUCUGUUGUUCCUGCUGAGCAGAUAUCAAAACAUUGCACGAAAUCGGAGUGCAUGGGAUUACUCCGCAACAAACGGACCGAAACGGCAAAAGGGGCGUAUAGACAAUGCCAAACAAAGUUUCAGAGAAAAAAAAAGUCGCUAUACAGGUACCAGAGAUCCGAACGGAUACUGCAAAGUGCAGGCGGCUUCGAGAAAAAAAAAUCAAUAUUUUCGCUGAAAAAUCAAUCUGUAAAUAUUAAAUGUAAGUUUAGACAGUCUUUUUACCAUCAUUGUUGUCGUCCAAAGAAUGAGGAAAAAAAACAUCUCAGCGCUCGAGAAACGAUAAAUAUUACAAAAGUGCACAAACUCACACACAAACGAAUGCGACUCCCAGAUAGCAUAUAACAAACAAAUCAAAAAUGGCAAUGGAAAAGGGGAGCGCAGAUCAUAAAUUUCUGCUCGAAUCCAAUGUGAAAUCAAAUAUUUGGAACUCUGGGGGAAAAACAUCCCGCGAUCCGAAAAAGCUGGCUAACCUGGCGAAGCGUGAAUACAGUUGUAUAGUUUAUUUGUUGGAAUGAAUGUAUACUUAACCAUGAAGUAGCUCUUUUCAUUCAGCAGCAAAAUGAUGGGUGCAGUGAUUCGGGCAAUCUAUGCAGUUAUUGUACCAUAAAAUUGAGGAUGUGCAAAUACAAUAAAACCAUUUGCUCAACCCUUUUUAUUACAAGUGAUUUUAUAAUAGAUUUAAAUCAAUCUAAUUAUGAUUUGGAAUUUCGUUUUAGUGUGUUACGGAUGAGAGUUGGGAAUAUUAAAUACAAAAAAUAACGGGACUUGGUUCAAUCUCUGAAUAUUGUUCCUCCGUCAGAAGCUAAUUCGAGCGCCUACCGCGUGUCACAAUAUGAACAACUUGCUGCAUGUUUAGGGUGACCAUAUCAGUCGAGUAACACCCCAGGACAGUCUGAAGGAGACCUUCUCCCCUUUAUUAAACGAACGCUUUCUAGUCUCGCAGUCAGAACUUUGUCAGAAUGUCUCUCGUGACCAUCCAAUCACCGAGCACAUCUUCGGAUUUACUGACAUUCGUUCCUUGCUAUACCACAAUCAACAAAGGUUCCAAGAUGUUUUUGAAGAAAUCUACAAUCCUUGAUUGAGCGGAUAAGACGAUAUGUUUGGACUUGGAGGAAACGGGCCGACAAAAAGUCUACAGUACUAAAUGUAUGUCAUUGACGUGCAGCAGAAACAGCAACGGCCCCAAGUAACUUCCCUGUGUUAUUCCUGACAUAGCAGUGGAUGUGGGUGUCUGGCAAUUUUCAUUACUAACCAUUAUCUCUCGGUCUGUGAACUAGAAUCGAAACAACAGCAAAAAGGACCGUUUUUUCCGAAAUUCUUCAUUUUAACGAUUAUUAUAUCGUACUUCCCUCUACCCAAAGCGGUAGAUAGGUCGAUGCAAAUAAUAUCAGUUUGAGCGCGGUGUUCCAUACUCCUUGUUAUGUAGGAUGUUAGACAAGACCAGUUGGUCGUUAUUUAGCAUCAAGACGUGAAGCCAAGUUGCAGUUGAUUGUCGAUUAGGUACUGUACUGCUUGCAUUGAUCCUUAAGUGGUUCCAUAAUCACCAACUCGAGACAGCGGCCAAUUUUGUUUGUCCGGAAUUUUCUUUCAAAGAGAUUUUUGACAGUUGACUUUUAAGCCGUAAUCAUAUGUUUGUCGAGAUUUAUUUCACUAAUGAGAAAAAAAGCAUGCAGCAUUACUAUGCUCGCGGCAUUAUUCUAACAAAAGCUACCGCUAAUGGGUCCUUUGGAAAAGCUCGGACGAUAUUUGUCAAUCUCACAUCACCUGGAUGUUGUGCAGCUAAAAAUGCGAUACUUUGCUGAAAAUAUUGCCUGAAACAUGUUUCCUAAACCGCUAGAAGUUUUGUUCUACUAGUUCGAAUCCCGUAUAAUAACAUUGAAGUAGCAGCAUGAAAAUAUUCCAUUGAAAUAGAUAUUAACGAGAGUCGCGCGAAUUCACUGAGUGUAGCACGUUCAGAUACUCUAGCGAAACCGUCUUUCAACCCCAGCGCCCGCUCGUUUAGUAAGCUAUUAACACAGCUGCCGGACGAUCAAAACUUAAAAACAAGAUAUCUCGAAUAUAUCAAAAUAUGUAUCCGGUGUAUUUUCACAUUUGAUAGGACAUAUAUGGUACACUAAAAAACGUUGAUAAUAAUUCUUUGCCAAAACUUGCAACUUUUUGAGAAGGCUGAUUUUUUAAAACAAGAUAUUUUUCAAUAUUUUUGCUCACAUUUUACAUCAAAUGUGUCGAAAAUUCGCAAAGCCUUCUAUAAUAGACGCAAAUCAUUAGUUCUGAUAUAAGCCUAAUGUUGAAUUUAUGAAAUUUUAUAAUAAUAUCUAUAACUUUAGUUCUUGAAGAGAUAGAUCUUAACUAUCUUCGACAACUUAUCAUAGUAUUAAUCGUUCUAAAAGUUUGCCAAAGAUACCAAAUACCUAGGAUGCAAAAUAAAAAAUUAGUAUCGCAGCACCAUCUAUGCGGUGAAAAUCCAAACUAAUUUAUAUCAUCAAAAUAAGGUAUAGAUAAAACCAAGAUACUUUGCUGAACGUAGUAACAACUAAAAAUGCGCACCCAAAGCGCUAGAGGUUUUGUCUUGCUAGAUUUCGUUUCGAUCCCACUAUGCAUUCGUUGCUAGGGUAUUGAAGGAGCAACAUAUGGUUACAGAAAGGCAUUUUCGACAAUGGUGACAUAAAACGGUACACAUUUAACCCGUGUACAGUGGACCCGUGACCUAGCUGUGUGCAAAGUUCAUCCGGCACUCUCCACUCUGCUGAGCGAGGUUAAACGUCAAAUCAGAAGGAUUCGAGUGGUGCUUGUUGAAGGGGAAUACUUGUUGAAGUGGAAUACUAACUAAAGCCAGCCAGAAUUCUGGUUCAUUUUCCUGUUGGGUUCACUCGGGUAUAUUGAUCGCUUGUUUGCUUUUAUUUUGUAUAAUUUGUGUGCGUUGGGUUGAUAAGAUUAGUAGAUUACUUUGCUAGGUAUGCGCCUACUGAAAUGCGACUCAUUCGAGGGUUAAGUCGAGAUUGAAUUAGGUUAGGAGAACGAGUCAUGUAAGAGCAGUUUCAGUUAAGUAGAUAAAGCGAUUCUAGGCAGCCAAUCAAAACUAAAGUCAAGCAUUAAUUGGUGUUAACUUGUAUACUUUAGUACAAAUUGGUAUGAAAGAAUUUAAAAGUAAUACUAAUCUUCCAGUUAAAGCUAUUUUAAACUUUUUCAUCAAUUUACUGCUACUCAAAAAAAUAAAACAACAGUUGUAUAUGAACAACUGAAAAUAAAAGUCACAAGGACAGAACAUGCUUUGUAACCCGUUUAAAUUAUAUUAGAAUAUAAAAUCCUGAAAUAAAUUUCAAGCGUAAAACUCGGCAAGUCUUCAGUAUUAAAUCCUGUUAAAAAUAAAUAAAUCGUACGCAAGAGCAACCGUAUAUCAUGAUGAUCAAGAUUAAAAGUCAGUUAAAAAAUAACUUUGUAAUAAUCGGAAUUUUUUUUUCAGGUUUUCAUACUGCAGGUUAUUAUCCGACUCUUGUCCCAGUCAGAUUUUUACGCUUGGAGUUGGUCGGUGUUAGGUCAGACCGGACUAAGUGACAAAAUAUCGAUUCGAGUGUAAAGUUUGAAUCGCAGCAUCCUUUACGUUAUAAUUGGAAAUUAUUUUUUGUCAUAAUUCUUGUUUAUGGUUACAUAUUUCAAAUCUGGCAAAAGUCAAAUGGAGCUGAACAAAUUCUUUACCCAGUUCAUUAUCUCAUUUUUUGAUGUUUUGCGACUUAGUCCGGUCUGACUUAACACCGACCAGUUAAUAUUCGGUUUUUAUAUUCUAAUAUAUUUGAAGCGGAUUUUACAAAGCAUGAUCUGUCCUUGCGACUUUUAUUUUCGAUUGCUCAUAUGUUAGUUGAAAGUGUUCUAUGUUGAUUGUAGUACACCAUUUGAAGUAUUUAUUAUUGAAAAUGAUAAAAUAUUCGAACUCUGUUUUCCACUUCUAUAUAUAUCGGGUCUGAAGAGCUCAUGAAAAUAACUGCAUAUUUAAUGUCAUUGUGGUCGUGCUUUGUAUAGGGGAACCCGGGGCUAUUCGGACCUACUUAAGCAAAUCGCCCUUUUAGAUCGAUAGAUGUGAAAAAGUUUACCGGUUAAAGAUCCUAAUUGUUAGUUUGAAACCAUUUGGUGCCGUAAACGGUUCAUUUGCACCACUCAAUGGCAUCGCUAGGCGACGAUUUGCAAACCUCUGCAUUUUUCCAUCCUUUUACAAUGUAAUUCGGACCUCCCAACGAGGUGAUUCAGACCGUCAUUUUUCUUUAAUUUUUUUACAAUGAAAGAUUUAUAAGAGACACUCCUUAAGAAGCAAAAAAAAAUAAAAUGCUUUACAAAAACUUAAUCUGGUAGGAUACAGCUGUCGAUUAGCGGCCCAUGUAUUUUCUUUGCUGUGGCGUGUGCAAUGGUGUGCGCAACCGCAAGCCGCUGAACGGUGUUUGACGGAAUAGGGGGUCCGCACAUUUCGCACCAAAGUAGUGAGCGUCUCGAAAAUAUCUGUGUUUUCACCCAAACAAAAAUUAUUCCAUAAGAUAAGAGCCUCAAGCUUUCCAAAACACUUGCCAUUUAUUUUAUCACUUUUAUUUGUUGAUUUAAUCACGAUUUUUCCAUUAUAAUGAUUUUUGUUUUGAGAAUGGCAAAAUAACGAAACACGUUGCAUUUCCUUUCUACAAAGAAUCAAAUUCAGCUCUCAAAAUUAAUGUUUCAGAAUAGCGGUUCCACAAAUAUGUACGAUAGUCAGAAAUUCCUGCUAUUUUCUGAGAAAUCGAGGGAGUCCCCCACUGUCUUAAUAGCCCUGGGGUUCCCAUACCCAAAAUUCGACGGAGAAGAUUCUAUUACUUUUGAGUAAGAUUCUAUUAUCUUUAUGGUAAUAGACCAUGAAAUUGCGAAUAGCGGUAUUAAACCCACAUCACCGUAAAAAUACUAAUUCGGUAUGUGCAUCACACAACCAAAUGGAUAUGUGUCAACCUCGGCUCUGUUCGCAUGUGAAAUAAUUCGGUUGCUUUCUGUGAUCACUAAGAUUGUAUAAAACUUUUACAAGUCGAUACGAACUUUUGCUAUAGAUUCCAAAUACCUGGUUCCAAUAUGGGCCUACAUUCCGAAUCUGGAACAGAUCACAGAUUCAUCAUCUAUGGAUGCGGAAUAGUUUGAUCAGGACCAGUUCCCGGAUGCGGAUCAGUUCACGACUCUAAUCCAUACCUGGUUUGGACCUGAAAAAUGCCAUGAGUUUUGGAACAAUCACGUUUCAAGGUUACGAAACAAGACCUUGAAUAAGAAUCAUGAGUUUUAUUAUUGUAUACUAUUUUCCAUCCGUAACGCCUUCAAACUAUUUUAUUUGAGGAGAUAUCUAUUUUUACGAUCUUCAGUCACGGUUUUCGUUAUGUCAUUAUCGUUUUUUACGAGAACUAGCUCACAAUUUAUGAACAUUAUUCGUGAACCAAAUAUCGACUCGUGAUUUUAUCCAUAAUUUAGAAACAAUUUUUACUAUCGGACAAGAACCCAUUCAAGACGUAAUAAAAUAUCUUGAUAAUAGUCUAGUUUUCGUGGUUAUGAUUUAGUUCUCAAAAUCAAAACAGCCUAGAUAUUUUCUCGUAAACAAUUUCACGAAACUCGGAAAAUAAUUCAGGGAUACAUUCACGUUUCGUGAACUGGUUAAGAAGAUACGAUUCAAAUUCCAUAAAGUACUCUUUCAUUUUUAAAACAUAGUACUUAAUAUGUGCAUGAUACUAAAGUUUUAACCACAAGAGUCAUUUAUUCUUGGUGGGACUCGUUGUCGGUUUUGCCCACUGUUGCUAGUGGAACCUGCCAUCUACUUUCUCCCUUGCUCGUAUGUACGUCCUUGUCGUCAUCGUAAGAACAGUUUUGGUUUUUAUUGUUGGUUGCUUUCUGUGUUUUCGUUAUUACUUCUCAGGUAUGUUCGGUGUUGGUUUGGGAAUCCUGAGGAAUAUUAUUUAUCCGGCAAUUAUUUCGAGUAAUGUGACUCGCGUCCAUGAUAUCACCAUUUUUAUAUUAAUAGCCGUAAUUUCGCCCCGCCUUAUCGCAUUUUUUUUUUUCAAAGUUGUUCGCGUAACCAUGAAUAAUAUUUUACUAUUUUGUGAACUAUUUUACGAGCACGGAUAUUGAAUCGUGUCUAAUAUAUAAUAAAUCAUGAAUUAACUAAAAGUAUUUCUGAAUAAUAUGCCGAAUUCGAGAAAUAAUUUACGAAAAGAUAUCUAGACUGUUUUGAUUCUGUGAACUAAUUGACAACCACGAAAAUCAGAGCUUGAACAAGAUGAAAUAAAUCUUGAGGCAGUUUACGUCGUAUAGUCGAACUCGGAAUAAUGUUCCUAAAUGCAUGAAAAAAUCACGAAAUUAUCUUUUGAUUUAUGUUCAUAAAUUUAUGAACUAGUUCGCGUAUAGAAAAUCGAUUUUAUAAUGACAUGAUUGAAACCGUGAAUGCAGUUCACAAAACAAGAACAAAUAUCUCCACUAAUAAAAGAAUUAUGUAGGCGUUACUGAAGGGAAAGUGAACAUAAUUAAAAAACAAAAGAUUUUUGUUCAUGGUCCGGUUGUCGUAUGGUGAAAACAGAAUUGUACCAGAGUUAUUGAACUUUAUUUACGAUUUUGUGUACGUUCAAACAUACCGAUGAGGUUGAGGGGUGCUCAAAUCUAGAAGAGCAGUGAACAUCAAGCAAUUACCUGAAAAGCGUAAAAAAUUGAUACAAAUCGCUAAUACAUAGUAAUCGAUUGCAGAAGAGCUCUGAGAGGAAAUAGUUACCAUUUACGUAAGCCUACAACUCAAUUUUUAAUUAUAUUUUUUGGAAUUUUUUUUUCUCGAACUCGAGCAAAAAAAUCAACACGUAGUUUAUAAAUUGAUUUACGAAAGUGUAAUAUUAUAAAUGAUUAAAGUUGAAUUUUCGUAUGAAUACUUUUUUAAUCAAUGAAUGGAUUAUUUUUGAUAAAGGCCAUUUUUUUAAUAUUUAGGAUCAUGUGUGCAAGAUUUUGUUCAAAAUUCAGAGUGGAUCAUGCAAUACUUCAAACCGACAACCGUGGCAAAAUAUGGCAAUGAAUUAUGCUUCCUCACCGACCAUGCUUCUAGACUCGAUAGGAACACCCGUCUCCUAACAAGAAGAAGGCAAAAGAUUCUUCAUAUUUCCUUUCGUUCGUGCACAUAUGAGCCUGCUUGGUUUUAGUUUUCAUUUUAUGUACAAAGCUGAUUUACUCUAGAAUAUCCAACCGUCUUUGAAUUCGCAAUUCUUUCGGUUCUUUCAAUCAUCAAUUUGCCGAUUGCACUGGUUUUGCACAUUGUUGUAGAAGAACAGGCCACUUUUGUUAAAAAGAGCAACAUCAGUGCAAUUCACUGCUCCGGGGUUUUUCAACGAAAAUCGUCAUUAGCUAUCGUUCGCUUUGCUUGAUUGUGGCCCUGGAUUCUAGAUUGAUUUAGCUGCAUUAGUUAACGGCACGUUCAAUAUACCAGUAUUAUACGAAUAAAUUUUAAUGAUAUGAAUGAUCUUUUCCAAAGGCGUCAACUUCUACUGUUACAUUUGAUCCCCUGGAUAAAAAUAAUAGUGUUAUUAGAUAGCAUUAGUUCUGCAAUCGGUUGUGAAGUUUGUCGAUACAGAAUGUCAAAUUUUCUGCAUAACACUUUUUAUUACUUUAAAGUUUCGGCUUUUUCACGUUAAGAAAACUAAGAUCAAAAAACUUUAUAAGGAAUGAUGAUCAAAUUAUAUCUAAGAAAGAUUGACCGUUAAAAUUGUUUUUUAUGAAAUCUGGUUUACAGUCCAUUGUGCACACAUAUUAUACAAAUUUAUUAUUGAGUAACUCAAAAGUCGAUCACAAUAAAUCCCGUCUUACCAUUCGAAAUAACAUUUCCCUAACACAAAAAGGUAACACAAAUACUCCCUAAUUUCUCUUUCAGUCCGGACGAUCCGAACAUAAAUAGAUAAGUGGCAAACUGUGGCAUGAGCACAUUAUUUCAAAGACACAAACCCAACAAAAACCACGAACCACGUGGUUACUAGAGUGGGUGGUAUUCGGCAGCGGUACACGCUCUCGGUGGCUCUGACAGAGGAACAUAGAUGUGCUCGUAAAUUAGCAAUGGGAAUUGUAUGUAAUCCAAAUUCGGGACAAACGAUGCACUUGCGGUGGGUAAUAAAGUGCAAUCGAGACCGGGAGAUAAGUGGGUUGUGUUUUAUUCUGUGUUUUAUGUAACAAUAGCACAGGCAUCCAGCCAGCGUUAAAGUGCUAAAGAGUGCUUCGCUAGCUGGUUUUUGUUAAAUUUUCUAGGACAUUUAACGUUAAACCGUCAACGGUAGUAAAAAGGGUGCUGCUUCCUUGAGAGACAAUGUAUCAUACGAGCUACAUUUCCAGUUGAUCAAAUGAGUGAAUUGUGUAUGACGCGUCGAGCUCAAAACGGACACUAUCUAUGUAAAUAUAUAAAUUGAAGCCUACCAACCGGCAGGAAAUAGAGAAAAUCUUGUAACAUAUACGCAACAACGCAAAAAUAAACUAGACAAUUUACAAUAGAAAAAAGUGAAGUGAAAGGAAAGAAUCUCAAUUGUCAACAAAACGACUUGAGUGUUGGAUGUAGAGUAAUGAAUGGAAAUGAAACCAUAAAAAAACACAUAAUGUACAUUUUUCGCAGAAGGAUAUAAACGAGGUCAAAGUUUUAGAGAAGGUAAAACAUUCUGAUACAAACAGCCCUUGCAGACGAAAAGAAUUUAAUGAAAUUACGAAUUGUUUUGUAAAAUAAUGAAUAAAAAUCAACAAAAAAAAGGUGGAAUAAACUGUAUCACGAGAAAAUGUUUAAUAAAAAUUUAAUGAAAAUAACGAUAAACAA